AUGUUUGAAAUGUCCAUAGUCAGAUUAGUGUUGAUUGUUCUAGUAGCCGCAUCGUUGGGUGCCUUUUGGUACCUGGACACAGUGUUUUAUCACUGGGACCGAGUACUGCCACAGCCUGAAGAAAUGGUUGUUGAAACAGUGCCAGAAUCUCCAAAAAAUAUUACGAAUUUCAAUAAGCCUAAAGAGUUUGUGCCAACAAACGAAUGGCAAAUAAUCGGCGAAGAUCAACCUAUUCCUCCUGGAUUACAUGUACAGAUUGAUCUUCAGACUGGUGAGAAAAAGGCUAAACUAAUGGAGGACAAUAUAAAUAAUAAAUCAAAUAGUUUGGCUAUUACAGACUCUAAUAAACCAGAGAAUUUGAAAGAUCCAAACAGUUUACCAGAUAAUUCACACAAAUUUAGAUCUUAUGAAGAGCUUAAAGAUGAUCUUAAAGAUUUGAAUAUGACUAUUAAAAGUGAUAUGGAUGUAAUGGAUGAACUUACUAAAAAAUUUCAAGAACAAAUUAAAUUAUAUGAAGAUAGUGAUAAAAAUCUUCAAAAUAUUUUAACUGAUCUUGAAUAUCUCCUACAUCAAGUUGAUACAGCUGAGGUUUUUGUAAAGAAUAAAGGGAUACAAUUAAUUAUAAUGCCUUGUAUAAAUAGCAAUUCAAGUUUUUUAAAAGCACAAGGAGCACUGAUCCUUGGUUCUGCUGCUUCUAAUAAUCAAAAAGUUCAAAUUGCUUCUUUAGAAAAUAAUGUUAUACCACUUUUAUUAAAGCAUAUUGAUAAUGAAUUUACAUUUUCUGUUCAAAAAAAUUGUAUAUUUGCUUUAUCAUCAAUUAUUCGAAGAUUUCCCUUAGCGCAAAAACAAUUAAUAGAUAACAAUGGUAUUCAAACUUUCAUGUCUGUGUUUAAAAUGCCUGUAUCCGAAUUCAAUACUAAACUUAAGUUAAAAGUUACUCAACUUCUAGAAGACUUAACUGUAGAAAUCGAGGAUGCCAAACUAACAUUCAAAGAAGAAACUAAUAAACAGCUCAGCACUGAGGCAGCCGAAAGAGUUCGUCAGUAUGACAAUUUGCACUUAAAAGAUAAGCUUGUUGAAAAUGGGUGGUGUAACAUUUUGGGAAAUGAGUUAAUUAUACUGUCUAAUCGAUUACCACUAGAUGAAGAAAGCCAUGAAAUGGUUGUAGCUUCUGGAAAAUCUUUAUUAGUAUUGCAAAAAUUGUGUAAAGUUAAAUUACAAGGGAAUAAGGAAUUUUAUCAAUCAUUUUACACUUUGGAAGUUUUUUACAAACAGUUAUUCCAAAAUGAUGUCUUUUUUGAUGAGUUAUAUCAGUUGACAACCGAGUUGACUAAUACUUAUGAUCCUGUAUUAGAAUAGUAUCAUGUUAUUUAAUCCAAUUUAUAAAUUUUUAAUACUGUGUGUAACUAAAUAUCUAAUGUAUUAAAUAUUUUUUCUGUGAUAUAA